UAGUCUACCUACUUACCAAAAAAUCUCACUGUAACAAAAAAAAAGAAUAACCACCUCACACCAACAGCUUCCCCUAUCACACCAAUAGCAACACGCGUUCAUUAUAUAGCGUGACCAGCUCAUUUCAGCACCUGCUGAAAAAUAUUAGUUUCAGCACCAUAGCACUGCCCAUUAGGAAAAUAAAUUUUAAGCGCCAAAUUCAAAUUCGAUAUCAAAUUCUCUCUAUCAGCUUCAAUGUCAGAUCAUGAAGGCGAACAAGAACAAGAACAAAAAUUCAUCUGUGUCAACUGCAGGGAUACAAAAUUCCUCUCCAAAGCUAGACUGGAUCAUCACUCCGGCCACAAGCAUCCAAAGUACCACUACAUUUGCAACGAUUGUGGUAACAGAUUUGAAACUCAAGCUUCCAAAACGCAACAUGAAGCUGAAUGUGAUCACAAGAGAAAUGGCCUCGGAGGAUGAUCUUCUCGCCGGAAUAAUGCGAACUCGCUUUCUGAACAACGACUUCGCUCUCCCUCCGUCGCAACUGUUCCUCCACCUCCCCGUCCCUCACCUCCACGCGCCGCCUAUAUCCUCCGGGCACUCCACGCUCCCUGUCUCCCAGAUCGCAGCCGCUCUCUCCACCUUCCUCUCCUCCGUGCUGCUACCUCACAAAAUCCAUCUCAAACUUUUCGAUCGGAAUCCCCAGCAAGAAUCUGAGGCGUCAUUUGAAGAGGAUGGACGCCAGAGCUGUAGAAAUUUCUGCUCCAAAGCUGAAACUGAAUUUCCUAAGGAGACCAAAAGAACUGAUUGUAGUGAUAAGUGUACACCUGAGCUAGAUGCACUAUUGGUGAGAGAUGCUUUUUUUUAAUAUUGACAAGGCUCUGGAAAUGGAAGAUGGAUGUUCUGAAUUUAGAUGUAAAUAAAGAAAGUUUGGUGCCUUCUUCAUAUGUUCCACCUAUAGUGUCCAAUUCUACACCAAGUACUGUAUUAAAUACUGAGUCCAUGGUUGUUUUGGAAAGUAAGUCCUGCCAAUAAGAACUUUUCUUACAUCAAUGCGUAACAAACUCAAAUAAUAACCAAAGUUGUUUAAAUAAAUGUUAUAGAAGUGUAUGCAUUUGAAGAGUCCUACUUGGAUUUCAAUUGCUUUAUUUGA